CUCGGAUGCGACCCUCUCCAGACAGACAAGUAGCUUUUUCUCUGACAAACUACGGUCGCCGAUGCCGAACGAUGCUCGUCGCCAUUACAGCGCGCAUCUGUCUGCUCACAUUAUUCGUCGCUCGGGUAGUUGGGUCUUUGUUUGGAGGAUUGGGUGGGAAGGAUUGAUAUGCUGUAGUUGCUUACUUACUUACUUCAGUCUCUAGUAGCCUUGGAGCGGGUCUGCAGAGGUGUGUUUGAUCAUUAGCUUAAAUGCGAGGGAGUUCGUCGCAGGCGGGAACUAGAAUGUCUUCGGAAGGUUGUGGCAACGGUAGUAAAGUGAGAGACAGGAAAAUGAGGCGGAAGGAAGAAGAAGCAGGCGAGGUUGAAGACGAGAAGCAGAGCCUGCUCGUGGUCUUUCCCCGACACUUAGAGUAGCGCUACGUGAGAUUGGGAGAACAGUCCGUUCCUGACAUGCAACGUAGUUCCUCAUACAGAAAAUGACAAACUUGCCAAGACUUGGUAUGCGCAUGCUUCUACCUCUCUUUUCCUGGGCUAGACAUCCGCAUGUACCAAGUGGCGGUCUCCUGCAUGUGGAAGUUAUGUCUGCACACAAGAACUUCUCUAAUGCCGCUACAGAACUUACAAUUUUGAAGAACGAAAAUCCGCAUGAACUAUCCUACACCAGCCUGCGAGACCUGCUGUCGAGCGAUCGCCAUACCUGUCUCAUCAAACCGCAGAGGGAGUGCGAAGGUGAACAUAAGGAAUUAGAAGACGAGCGCCCUGUGAUCAAAAAUCGUCUUGUGGAGCUGGCCGCUCGCGCCUACCUCCUACCUUCACACGCACAGGCAACCCCUGCAAACCAGUUCUUCUCGCGUCAAUGGGCCAGGUUCACUAGGACUUGGCUCCAAAGCCACCACUCCAGCAUCACCUUGCACUCAUUCUCUGAGGCCGACUCCUGCCUUCCUGGUCCACUCUGGGUGGAAAUCACCCGCGCCAUCUGCUCCUUGUUCAAUCUUAACCAAUUCCGGCCGCAAUCUGUUCUGCAGCUCUAAUCAGACGACACAUCCAGAAAGAAUCGGUUAUUUAUGAUUAUCGUUACCAGGCGAAACCUGCUAAAAUCUCUAGAUCAUAUAAUAUGGACAUCUUCAUUGUCGAAGCAACGUGCAGGUACUGGUGUUGAAAGGGUUGUGGAGAAGUGGAAUUUAAGGAAGAUCGGAUUCUUCUCAAAGAAACUCAGAGAAUUAACUGUGAGGGCUUUCGACUUCGAAGAAUUCAUUUGUCGUCGAAUUUCGAACUGGUCACUGCCGCAAGAGUGUUUACCUCAGAUAAAAACUUCCUCUACAGGAUCUAGGGAAGGAGGAAACUAUUACACAGUGAAUCUUGUCUCGAUGAAUUGUACGUGAGUACUUUUAAUCUUCGUUUAUCUUUUCAUUUCUUAACUUUAUUUGUGUGUCGAGUAUGCGCGUGUGUACAAUGUUUUAGCAUUGACAUACUUUUCCAGCAGUUGUGCGACGUAAAAUAUGCCCAGAUGCAUUUUUCAUUUCUGCUGGUGUACAGUUUUAUCACAUCCUUUUGGCUGAUGAAAUUGAGGCAUGAACCUGGCAGUGAUCUGUAUACAUGCCAAAAAAACGGCCUUGAUUGCUAGAGAAGUGUACCUCCUCCUAUCAGUCUCACUUGGCAGGGAUUUAGUCGGAUACAGCACUGUUGAAGUUCCAAUAAAUUUUUCACAGUAGUUCUUUCUCUACUGUAUUUUAUAAAUUUGAUGGAGUGUUCUGCGCGCA